AUGCCUUCCAAAAAAGCCAGUCGCAAGUCGAUGCCUGCCCAAGUCAAACAUGAAGUAUCAUCUUCGGCGCCCUCCCGUCGUUCUCGACGGAUUUCGCUCGCCGGACCAGACACAAAAGCUCUCAGCGACUCCUCCGACACCACACUUGUUCCUUCUUCCAACACUUCCGAGUCUGCUGGACCGCCUCUCAACAUACAUUUCUACACUCCUAAGACACCCAAAACCCCCAAACCUCCCAAAACUCCCAAACCUCCUUCAACCGCUUCUCGAUCUGCGCCACACUCAAAACCUCAAUCCCCUUCACGCACGCCUCCUCAGUCGUCUACACACUCUCCCGACGUAACGUCAACACGCCGAAGCACAUUCAAGCCUCGACCAUCACGACUUUCGUCCGUCUUCCCUCCUUCCGCGGAGGCACUGAAAUCAGUCCCGAGUAGCCGUCGAACUCGGCGCACGGCCGCGUUUGAAACUCCUCGAUCCACAUAUUCAGAACAUGAUCUGUCGGAGUCGUUCGGCUCAACUGGGUGGACAUACAGCCAAUACAUGGGAGGCGCGGGCAUAGAAGGCGCUUCUGAUCCCCGCAUUUCUCCAACUGCUUCAUCUAUCGGCACUCGGUCGUCGACCCGCCUUCGCAAGCCGACGGCCAAAGCCCUAGAGGCCAUGCAAACUCAGCCAAAGACUCAAACGCGAAGCCAAAAGAAAGAUGUCCCACUUUUUAUUAACAAGGGUUCUGCUCCUGAUCCUUCUUCAAAUUUCUCUGCUCCCACUGCUCCCACUGCUCCCACUGCUCCCACUGCUCCCACUGCUCCCACUGCUCCCACUGCUCCCACUGCUCCCACUGCUCCCACUGCUCCCACUGCUCCCACUGCUCCCACUGUCCCCGCCUCUAUCGCUUCCUCUGCGUCUGCCACAACAGUCUCUUCCGGACGUACCGGUAGCUUCUCCAAAAUCACGUUCAAGAAUGGGCUCAAGCGGGGCACUAGAGCCGCAGUCACACCAAAGACCCAAUCUGACCUUGAAAAUCAGCCCGAGUCUGACCGCAAGAAGGGCCAGAAAGUCCUCAAGCCGUCGCCUCAAGUGGCUGCUCGCAAGGGCAAGAAGGACAAAGAUACGUUGAAGGGUUCUGUGCAACGCAUUCAAAUUACCAUUGCCCGUGCAGGCCAAAAGCUGUUUGAAGCAGCUGCGGCAGCCUUGGAACCAGAUUUUACGGGCCCAACCAACGCAGAGCAGUUCAUCAAAGAUUUGCGGGCCGCCCGUUGUAAAAAGUUUGGUCUGAGCAAAGAGCAGGACGCCAGUGGCCACGCCCCAGAAGCCGUUGUUCCCCAUUCUUCGGUCGAUGAACCCCCGGCAGCUCAAGCCAAAGACAAACUGAUCCUCAAACUCAAGCUUUCCACGGCCCCUUUUGUGGACGAGGAUAAUUGGGCUCAUACGGGUCGCGUGAAUGACCAAGGCGAGGAGCUGAUCUUGAUGCCCGCUGACUGCAGCCUUGACCGUGCCCCGCACACCUAUGGGGACCAGUCGCUCCCUCAUCCUCCCAUUCGAGCUCGGCCAGAGAUCCAGGUGAUGACCGACUUCGAACUCGGUUACCCGCCCCUCAUCGGUGAGCGCAAUUCACCGUUCGCCCUUACCGUGACAUCACAACAAGACGACAAGUCCGAGGGGUAUGGAAAGGCGCCAGCCAGGGGCACAAAAGCCCUGGCUGGCCAAAAAGAGGCCCAGAAAGGUGGUCGCAAGCGUCGCCUGGUGGAGACUGGCGAUGGAGCCGCGGAUGGUCUCACGAAUUCGCCUGCGACUCCUGAUUCUCAAAAGGGUCAGCGAGCCAGUAAGCGGCGGGCAGUCGAGAGUCUGGCCUCUACGUCGAAAUCUGCGUCAAAAAAGCAGACCCCACGCGAGACUCCCGCUCUGAGAUCAAACAAGGCUAAGCCUAGUGCGAAGAUACAGCCGUCUUCUCCCGGAGAGGUGGAAACACCGUCAUCGAAGGUCCAGCGGCUUCGCAUCACGGUAAAGCCGCAGAGCGUGGAGGGGACCCGACGAAGCUCGCGUGGACGUGGUCAAGGCCAGGCGGACGCUUGA